GUUCCAUCGCUGCUGAGUGAGUCGCUGACAGAAGAGCAUACUUCGCGAGAAACUGUCCGGAAUACGUCGAAUUCUCAGGAUACCGAGCUCACUUACCCCUCGAGCUGCGAGCAUUGCUCCCCGUGCAGAACUCAAGCUAGAGGAGGCAUACUUUGUAAUGAGCUCUGGGACUAAGCGAAAACGAGAAUUCCCGUCGACAUUCUCUUCGGAAUCACGAAAAUUCAUCUUCCAGCUCGAUCUGGAUCAAGAUGCCGUCAAGCAAAUGCUCGGCUCUCUCCCGUAUGCUCAUCUGAGAGCAGUUCUCUUGCCAUUGGAGCUUCACGGUAAAGCGAGUUACUUCGAAGAAAUGGCAGAAAUUGAGAGACGGUCAUCCUGCCCCCACUACGGACGAUACCUCUAUGAUUUAACGUCUUCGAACAAGUGCAAUAUCGAGAUCAGUGCGUGUGUACGCUUGGAAAACCCGGAGGAAUUCUACGAGGCAAACGGCUUGAACUUGAUACGAGGUGAGGCUCGAAAUUUAGACAGGGCGCUGGAGUUGGAGACAACCCUUAGUGAAGCGACCGUUAAAUGCGACAUCUCUCUCAACUCCGUGCAAGCAAUGAACGACUUCUAUUCCGAUUACAAGAGCGGUCUAUUCGACAAUUCGUUCCGUCAAGCUAUACUUGGAAGCCCAACAGAACAGCAGAACCUGGAGCCCGGUCAACCUCGGUACUCCGUGAAGGUCGGGCUUAACGAUCGGAUCUUCGAAGCAGAGAAAGAUCGGCUCCAAGCAAUGGAAAAUGCGGCGAAACUAGCGAAGAAGACUCACAAGCACAGACAGAGGCAGAGCCGUCCAGCUCAAGCACGCUGAGACGCUGCCCCAUCAUCUCACGAAAAAUACCCAACA